AUGGGUUCUCUGAUUCUCCAUGGAAGAAGGUUUUCUGAGCUGCAGAAAUUGCGUAUUUUGAGAUUUGCAGUGAACCCAUUUCAAAAUGCAUCUGCUUUUUCCAAUUCCUUCUCUUCUAAGAGUGUUUCUUCUGAUGUGAGCUCUAGAGAUGGUCAAAAAGGUCGGAACUUUACGGUCUCUUACCUCGUUGGUUCACUGGGUUUAGCCACAAAACUCGCAGAAUCAAUCUCAAAGAAAGUCACUUUCGAGAACAAGGCAAAUCCAGAUUCUGUUCUGAGUCUUCUCAGAAGCCAUGGAUUCAAAGAUUCUCAGAUCUCCGACAUCAUUACGGAUUAUCCACUAUUGCUCAUAGCAGAUGCUGAGAAAUCUCUUGCUCCCAAGCUUCGGUUUUUGCAGUCCAGAGGAGCUUCAAACUCCGAGCUCACAGAGAUUGUUUCAACAGUUCCAAAAAUGUUGGGAAAGAAAGGUGAAAGAUCUAUCAGCUUAUACUAUGAUAUCGUCAAAGAGAUUAUAGAAGCUGAUAAGAGCUCAAAGCGUGCCUCAGAGGCUGUUAUUCCCCUUGCUCAUCUCCAGAUCGCAGCCUGUAAGUGGCAAAGAAAGGUUGUUGAGAUGGGUUUUGAUCCAACCACUUUCAAGUUUGUAGAUGCUCUGCGCAUGCUGCAACAAAUGAGCGACAAGACAAUACAAGAGAAAGUCCAAGUCUAUAAAGAGUUAGGCUUUGCUGUGGGAGAAACAUGGGAGAUCUUCAAGAAGUGUCCUACUUUUCUCAAAUACUCGGAGAGUAAUAUAUUGAGCUCCAUGGAAACGUUUCUAGGACUAGGAUUCAGCAGAGACGAGUUCGUGAUGAUUGUCAAGUACCUUCCUCAGUGUAUUGGAUACUCUUCAGAGACGGUGAAGGAGAAGACUGAGUUUGUGGUGAAGCAGAUGAAUUGGCCGUUAAAGGCUGUGGCUUCAUUCCCUGCGGUACUUGGAUACAGCAUGGAGAAGAGGAUUGUGCCAAGGUCUAACGUAAUCAAAGCUCUCAUGUCCAAAGAAUUGCUUGGAAAGAGAGGAAGUGAACUCCCUGCAAUGUCGACGGUGUUUGCGAUUACCGAUCAAGAUUUCUUAAACAAGUACGUUAGGGAUCAUGAUGAUGACAAGGAGCUUGUGGCUGAAUUGAUGGCUAUCUUCACCAGAGGUCGUGUCUCAUAG